ACUGUCCAACUAUGCUUUUAACUUCCCUUUUCCUUUUAACUUUGACUGUCUGAUUUUAGAAAACGAACUCUAACACAAUAGCUUGCGUAACUGAAAUUAGAGCUUUAAAUGGAAUUGCAUGGUACAUUUAUUCCUUUACUGCUGUUUUGUACCACACAGUUGAAGAUUCUUCAGGGUCAGAGAGUUGUCACUGAUGGUGAAGUCAUUGGGUACCAGAAUCACGAUGUCACACUGUCAUGCCACUACAUCAAGAAAAACAAAGAGGACAAUUUACUUCAAGUUCAGUGGACCUGGCAAAAUCAUUCCAAUAAACAUGAUCCUAUAUUAAUCAUAAUCAAUCAUCGAGAACAUGGCACGACUGUGCAUAAAACAUCCCUGAAAGAAAGAGUCAGUUUCAUAAAAAAAAACAAUUUGACCAUUGAUGCCUCCAUCAACAUCAUAGAUGUGAAAAUGACUGAUCAGGGAGUCUACAGAUGUCUCUACAUAACGUACCCUAGUGGGACAAUAACAGGAACAACCACUCUUAAAGUGAAAGAAGGAGAGCCUCUUGCUCUGUCCAUUGCUGGGAUUGCUGGAAUCGUGACUGUAGUGAUCAUUAUUAUUCUUCUGGCUUCUGCGAGCUAUUUACUUCUCCUUAAGAGACGACGAGCUGCCAGUACUUCUGCAUAUUAUGUUACCCAGAGCCCUGUUGAACUUAACCAGGAAGAAGUCACAUAUGCUGAUGUCACGAUACUAAGGCCGGACAAAGUCAACAGAAACACCUUGCUUACAGGAGACGUUGAAUAUGCUGCUGUUUCCUUUAGCGGGUAUUCAGGAAUGACAUCACAGCAAGGAUCAGCCAAUCCGCUUGCUUGUCGUGCUCACACAGAAGAGCAUGGAUCUGUGUACGCGGAGGUGAAAAAAGAUUAUUAAGUUCUUAUAAAUAUAGAAUCCACCAGUUUUUAUGUAAAAAACAAGAUUUAAUUACAAAACAAUGUGUUUUUACAAUUUUUAAUGUGGCAAAAAAGAGAAGAUGCUGACUGCGGAAUCUCUAAAAUGUCUCGUCUGCUCUUUUAGUGGUAGACAUGGUCUUUAAAACAUGAUGACUAAAGCAACAUAUCAGUCUGUAUGUAAUCUAUGCAAGAGGCUCAUGUCUGACAACAACUUCUCAAAACCUAUACUCUUUAUUCCCUAUUUUGUAAUGUUGCAAUAUGUCUGUAUUAUGAUAUUUCGUUAAGACAAAUAAAUAAAAAAACUCAA